GGCAUCAUCUAUGAGAAUCCUGAAAUUUUCCAGCAUUGUUUAUUUUUUCAUUGUUCUCCUAGUGUGCUCCAACUUUAUAGUUAGAUCUUUGGCAACUUGCACCACUCGUCGAUGCCUGGCUAACAACAUCAUUGCGAUGGAACUUUUCAGCCCUCCAAUGCCUCCAGGAUGUAGAAUAACAGUGAAUCUCACAUCCAUUCAAUAUGAGACCCUGUCUGUGGAUACUCAGGCCCUGCGUUUCUCGAGUCGCAUUAGAAUUGAAAUGGAAUGGAACGACCCAGACCUUGCAUGGAAUAUAACAGAAUAUGGGUUUCCAGAACUUAUGAUGCCUUUUGACAAAAUCUGGACUCCUGAUCUAACUGUAGACAACGCAAUCCAAACUGAUGUCAAGCCUGUCACUAAUGAUAUACUCGUGAGAUAUGAUGGCACUGUGCAACACACUAUCAACUUGUAUACGACUGUGGUGUGUCAAAUCAACCUUUUUACCUACCCUUUUGUAGAAGAUGCAUGCCCAGUCGCCCUUAAUGGAUGGAGAGAAAAAAAUUGUGGCAUACUUAUCAACUAUGGGAAUGUAUCUUCAGUGGGAGAAGAUCGUGGUGAAUGGAUAACUGUAUCAGUGGAGCUACAUCAGGACAAAAUGCACAUGGAUCGCAACUAUCUCUAUGUCACUAUGUCCACCAAUCCAUUCAACACAAUAGUGACGCUCAUCCUCCCCAGUGUACUCAUCAUGAUAGCAGAUCUGGGGAGCUUUGCUCUGCCAUUGGAGGGCGGGAAACGCAGCACCUUUAAAAUCACUCUGGUGCUCAGCUUUACCAUGUCCUUGCUUAUCCUCACUGACCAACUGCCUGACACUGGCUUCUGCAGCCCCAUGAUCCGCUAUCACUUUUGUUUCUGCUUAAUCAUUUUGGUUGUGAGCUUGCUGACAUCCAUGGUGUUCUCACAUUUUGCGGACAAUGGUGCCAUCAUGCCCAAAUUGUCCCACGUCAUCCAGCGCCCCAAACCACUUGAAUUCAGCAACACUGAUGGCAAAGAUGAGAUAAAAAAGGGUAUGGUUUUGGCUGUGUCUCUUUCUCCUCUUCAGGAGGUGAACUGUAUGAUCGAGUUAAGAUUAAGACAACAGAUGAUUAACUUGGCCAGUCUUAAACCUUACCAGUAA